GAACCUCUCGAUUGCACUGGUGACAACAUUAAUAUUAGCACAGACGCGCCGCCAGUUAUCGACUUAUAAAAGGCUCCCCAUCGUUCCGAUGCUUCUCAGAAUAAUCCCUCGUUUUUCUUUCUUGUCGCGUACUUUUCUUCUUUCUCCUCGACCGCCAUGUUGCGCUCCGCUAUCCGUCCACUCGCCGCUGUUAGCAGGAAACCUGCGUCGUCGAUGUUCUCGACGACGCCGAAGCGGGACAUGAAGAUUUUGGCUAUUUUGUACGACGGUGGUAAGGCUGCGGAGCAGGAGCCUCGUCUACUUGGAACCACAGAGAACAAGCUUGGUUUAAGCGAAUGGCUCAAGUCCCAAGGACACGAGUAUAUCGUUUCCAGCGAUAAGGAGGGCCCCAACAGCGUGUUCCAGAAGGAACUCAAGGAUGCUGAGGUCCUCAUCACAACGCCCUUCCACCCGGGCUACUUGACAAAGGACCUAAUGGAUAAAGCAAAGAACCUCAAGCUUUGUGUGACCGCCGGUGUUGGUUCCGAUCACAUUGACCUCAACGCUGCCGUGGAUAACAAAGUUCAAGUGCUCGAGGUUACCGGAUCGAACGUGACCUCUGUCGCGGAACACGUCGUCAUGUCUAUCCUUCUGCUCGUGCGGAACUUUGUGCCUGCCCAUGAGAUGAUCGAGCGGGGCGACUGGCAAGUUUCCGAGGUUGCGCGGAAUGCUUUCGAUCUGGAGGGCAAGGUCGUCGGUACGAUUGGUGCUGGCCGUAUCGGAUACCGUGUGUUGCAGCGCCUGGUGCCCUUUGGCGUGAAGGAGCUGCUGUACUACGACUACAACCCCCUUCCCGAGCAUGCUGCCAAGGAGGUGGGCGCCCGUCGUGUAGAGGACCUCAAGGACUUUGUGUCGCAGUGCGAUGUUGUGACCGUCAACACUCCCCUGCACGAAGGCACGCGCGGCCUGAUCAACGCGGACCUGCUGAAGCACUUCAAGAAGGGCGCAUGGCUCGUGAACACGGCGCGCGGCGCGAUCUGCGACAAGGACGCCGUCGCGCAGGCGGUGAAGAGCGGGCACCUGAACGGGUACGCGGGCGACGUGUGGAACGUGCAGCCGGCGCCGAAGGACCACAUCUGGCGGACAAUGAAGAACCCGCUCGGCGGCGGGAACGGGAUGGUGCCGCACUACUCGGGCACGACGCUGGACGCACAGGCGCGGUACGCGAACGGGGUGCGGAGUAUUCUCGAGAAUUACUUUGCUGGGAAGCCCCAGGACCCGGCGAACAUCAUAGUUGGGAUUGGCAAGUAUGAGAGCAAGGCUUACGGUCAGCGGGAGGAUAAGCAGAAGACGUCGCACGGCUUCAGCAAGUCAUGAAUGUCUAUGCUAGAGAUAGAGAGGUGUAAUACAGUGUAAGAUGGACAUACGAGAACAUAGUUGACAUUGUUGUAUUCUACUUCAAUGCGAGCAGUCACGACCUGUCCUUGUAA